UAAAGUAAGCUAGCCACUCAGUUAGCCAGAUAAUCUCCUCUCUCACUCUAGUCAGCCCUUAGCCAGCUAGCUAGCACAGUUUCAAGUCGAGCUGAGAGGAAUUUACAAAAACUUUGAUAACUUUGCAUCGUUAGCUUUAUAUUGCCAUCAUGCCACUUUUUACCUACUUGAUAUUACCUUUAAAAGUAGUUGGUUAGUUAGCCAAAGUCGUUUAACUUGCGCCCCGAGAGAAACAUGGCCUCCUAAAACUCGAAAAGUCAUAUUGCAUAGCAGGCAAAUCCUAUGCUAAGCUAACUGGCUAACGUCGGCUAGUAUUAGCAUCAUGCGAGUAGUUAGCAACUUUGCUGGUUUGCAACUUUGGCUGUCAGCGCUUGAUUUCAACAUUAAUGUAAAGCUCGACCUGGCACAUCCUUGGUUAUAUCAUUUAGGGUUCUAAGUAAAGGGCUAACUCUUCUGGAUCCCACUGUGCAUGAAGCUCUCCUGAGGUUGUGGUCUCUAAGUGCUGCGUGCCCCAGCUCCUCCUGCCUCUCAUCAUGUCCUCCACCUCCUCCUCCUACUCCUCCUCGGGGGAGACUAGUCCAGAGGAUGUACCCCGAGGUGGGGGCACUAUCCGAGUCUACCUCCCCAACAAACAGAGGACAGUGGUGAAUGUUCGCCAAGGACAGACUGUGCAUGAGAGUCUAGAUAAAGCCCUCAAAGUGAGAGGCCUAAGCCAAGACUGUUGUGCUGUAUUUCGCCUUCUGGAAGGCCGUAAGAGACUGACAGAUUGGGAUACAGACAUAACUCCUCUGGUUGGAGAGGAGCUUUUAGUCGAAGUCCUGGAUGAUAUUCCCCUUACCAUGCACAACUUUGUACGGAAAACCUUCUUCAAGCUGGCUUACUGUGAUUUUUGCCACAAGUUUCUUUUUAACGGCUUCAGAUGUCAGACAUGCGGCUACAAAUUUCACCAGCACUGCAGUAGCAAGGUCCCUACUGUGUGCGUGGACAUGGAUACAGUGAGCAAACGGUGUGAUCCCAAUACCUGCACAGAUGAGUACCCACGGAUACUAUUGCCAGAAAAUUCCCCAUCACAGAGCAACCUAGCCUUAACCCCAGAGCCUGCUGGGAUGGACCUGCUGUCUCCGACCUCUGCCUUUCGCUUCCCCAUGCCGGGUGGAGAUGGCCAAUCUCUACAGAGGCAUCGCUCCACCUCCACUCCCAAUGUUCAUAUGGUCAGCACCGUGGGCCCUGCUGGUACCAGCAUUAUAGAGGAAGCACUAAAAUUCAACAACACAAUGGGUCCUGAGCCCUCACCGAAGCCCUCCACCAGCCCGCCGUCUUCUCUCGGCUCUCCGGGGAGAAGACCACCCAAGUCUCCCUCAGAGCACAAGGAGCGCAAGCCCUCCUCGUCCGACGACAAAAAGAAAGUGCACCGAGGGGGCUACAGAGACUCUAGUUACUACUGGGAGGUCCACUCUCGAGAAGUCACCAUUCAGAAGAGAAUAGGUGCUGGCUCCUUUGGAACAGUCUUCAAGGGCAAGUGGCAUGGAGACGUGGCAAUCAAGAUCCUUAAAGUCACCAUGCCAACGCCUGAGCAGUUGCAGGCCUUCAAAAAUGAAAUGCAGGUCUUACGGAAGACCCGCCAUGUUAACAUCCUGCUGUUCAUGGGCUACAUGACUAAGCCCAACUUUGCCAUCAUCACACAGUGGUGUGAAGGCAGCAGCCUGUACCGCCAUCUGCAUGUCACAGAAACCAAGUUUGACACUAUGCGUCGCAUUGAUGUGGCCAGACAGACAGCACAGGGCAUGGAUUAUCUUCAUGCAAAGAAUAUAAUUCAUCGAGAUCUGAAAUCAAACAAUAUUUUUCUCCACGAGGGCUGGACUGUUAAGAUUGGUGACUUUGGCUUGGCAACGGUGAAGUCUCGGUGGAGCGGCUCUCAACAAGUAGAACAGCCCAGUGGAUCCAUUCUCUGGAUGGCUCCUGAGGUGAUCCGAAUGCAGGACACCAACCCAUAUACGUUCCAGUCUGAUGUAUACGGCUACGGAGUAGUGCUGUUUGAGCUGAUGACAGGGACCCUGCCUUACUCCAAUAUCAACAACAGAGACCAGAUAAUCUUUAUGGUUGGACGCGGUUACUUGUCUCCAGACCUCAGUAAGCUGUAUAGUACCUCACCCAAGUCAAUGAAAAGGCUUAUCGUUGACUGCCUGAAGUUCAAACGUGAUGAGAGGCCCCUGUUUCCACAGAUCCUGGUAGCCAUUGAGCAGGUUCAAGACCUGCUGCCAAAAAUCGAGCGGAGUCGCUCAGAGCCGUCACUCCAUCGGGCUGUCCAUGCUGAGGACCUGAACCCCCUCCUGUUCCACACCACCAGGCUGAUGCCCCUCUAAGCUCCCCACAGCACUGGGCAGAGAGGAUGUCACCCUGUCCAAAACCACAACAUCCCGAUGCCUCAGAGGCCACAGGUUGUCUUUUUAAUCACCAAGUUCAUCUUGGACCCAUUGAUGUUGCAAUGGACAAAAAAAAAACUAAAACUCCAAAAGAGCAUGUGGAAGUUGAACAGCUAACUCAGCAAGGCCUGACAAAAAUUGGCUGUAGAUCAAAUAAAAAAAUGUUUCUGUUACCACACUUCAAUCUGAGGGGUAGAGAUAUGCAUUUUAAUUCAUUUAUUCCUCUGAGUCUUAAAACCUGGCCAACAGGCCAAGUUAAACCAGUUUUACUAAUUUUCUUCAAAGUAAUUAAAAGCUAAAAGAGUCAUGCCCCAUCUUAAGAUGCUGUGAAUUCCUGAAACAAAUUAAUUUCAUGUUACUUGUAAUGUUAAUUACGUUACUCCACUGGGAUUUCUUUCAGCUUGUUGUAAUAAGUACAGGAUUAAAUUGUUAGGACCAAUAUUUUUGCAGCUCAGUUUUAUUGGUCUGCCCCUAAUACACGGUGAUGAACACAUUCACAUGUGUUAAUGUACAGCUCUCAGCAGAGCACAUCAUCAAAUUCAAAGAACUCUCAAAGAACAGGGAACUCCCAAGGCCUUUUAUUUUGAUUCCUUUCAUGAGUUUUACCAGAAUGUCACCCCACUCCAGAUUGCAGAUGAGAUGGCUUUUACUUAUUUUGUUUUCUUAAAUGAUCAUUUUUAGCCUAAUGAGGAAUUGACAGACCUUAGUAAGUUGCGUUCUUGUAAAUGGUUAGUUGUAUUGCUGCUACAUAUGGUGAGUUUUCUGUUCAGUGUUUUUAUACACCUCGGAGACAAGACAUAUUGGACUGGAGUGCACCGACACGGCACACAGCUUCAACAAGUCUUUUGCAGUCUAGUCUUAAAAGUUUAUUCUUAAUUCUCUCAAACGCUGCACCAUGGAUUAGCCACUGGUUGAUAUUUCACAGAUACAUGCCCACACACAUACACUUUAACUAGUACUGUAGCUGUUGAAGAUGCAUUAACACUGUGAGUAACUUGGUUAAUUAGUCACUCCAACUUGGGACGCACUGUGGGAGGUGUGAGAAGCAUCAACUCCAGAGUGAUGCGAGCAUUCUCAAAUUGUUGGUUUUGAGACUUUUAUGCCUGGCGUUAUCUUUCAAACAACAGUUAGGGGCCUGUACUACGAAGCAAGUUCACCAUACCCAGGAUAUCUUUUUGAUAUCUGGCUUCACUAACCCUAACAGCCGCAAUCACGCUAAGCAGUCACACGACAGUGGUUAUCAACUUGAUAAGUCAACCCAGGUUUCCCCAAUCUAGCCACGAGCGUGUUCACAUUAAAGGGGCGGUGUUUACAGUAUAUGAUCAAUCGCAAAUGUGGACAAGUCUACUGGCAGCAGAGUGGCAUAUUUUACAAACGAAGAAGCAAAUUAUAAUAUCAGAGAAAUACAAAGAAGUUAAACACAUAUUCCAGCCUGAAAGCAACACAGCUGCAGCUGCCAAAUGCAGGAAGGACAGCUGGCAAAAAAUCACCAACUGUGUGAAUGCGUGAAUUAAUAGGCUUAUAAUAUCAUUGCUUAUCUCGAACAUAACCUGUUCCGGAGCAGGUUAGGUGUUCAGCAGAAGUUACCAUGGCAAUCUACCCUGGAAAGAAGUGAACCACUGUUGUAGGACUGAAAACCCAGGGUUGAACCUGAAGUUACCUCACUAACCCUAAAUCCUGCUUCGUAGCACAGGCCCCAGGAAACUUGAAGAGGCUGUCAUUGUCUACAUCUAUUUUUAUUUUUUUUUUCCCCAGGCAGCUGUUCAAAAAGCUAAAUUAGAUUUGUAAAGGAGGAAGCAUGGAAAUCUGUUGAUAGCCAGGAUGGCACAAGGAUUCAGUGUGGCAUAUGGCUUUCAUGAGAUUCACAAAAAAAAUUCUGUGUGGACCUUGUACAUUCACCUUGUGUUUGUAUGUAAUUAAUGUGUAGAGGCUGUUUGCAAACCUGUUAUAUCAUUGUAGUGGAGUGGCAACUCUGAGAGUUAUCCUGCCUUCUGCACAAUGUACAUUGGGAUAGAAAGUGGUCAAACAAUGAAUGAACAAUGAAAAUUUCACUUGCGGCCAGUGUUUCUUGGCCAAGCCUGUCUGUCCGUACACUGCCAUCCUUUCCUUGCUCUCACACCCAAAACAGUGACUUGUUGAUCAUGUUGUUCACAGUGUGAUCUGCUAACUAGUUCCUGCUGUCGCACAACUAACGUGGUAAAUGGACUCAGUGAGGCAGACACUUCCAUUCAUUCCUGAGGAUUAUUUUGUUCAGGGUUGUGUUUGACCCCCUAGUCAACAUUAAAUGCUCAGGUGUACUGCUUCAUGAUGGAAUAAGUUUCCAGUGUAUACUGUAAAGUUUACUGACUUUAGCUAAAAUGCAUAAAAGCAAGCUGCCUUGCGUAACUAUUAGCGGUGUUCUUAGAUUUGGUUUCUUUAGAAAUUGUCAUGCCUGAAGUUGUCAGAUCAUGUAGUUUUAAACCAGACAGUUGACAGUGUUACAACUGUGUACAGUGUAUCAGUACCAUCAGCAGGGUAGUGCUUUCAGGUUCAGUAAAGUUUCCUGUCACAGAUUCAUACCUGAUGGUCAGUCAGUACGUUCACUUUCCUGAAUGGAAAUGGUUAAUUCUGAGAAAACAAAACAAAACUGAGGUAACUUCAGGUGGUGUUGGUGUUCUGUGAACUGGCCUUGCUUCUCUGUAUAUUGUAUGUGAUGUGACUGAACAUUAAGCAGAAUAGAUCUUAACAUCUGUGUCAGUCAUUAAUGAUGGACAGCAGAUCAGAUGUUUAAACCUUGAUAUUUUAAUGUUGUGAAAAUAGGGGCUGGGUACCCUAACUGUUCUUACUCAUUCCAGUUAUAUCGGUGGAUCAUGGUUGGGGGGACAUUGAUUUUACCAGCGGGGGUUGGGAUGGGGAUUUGUGAACAAGGGUUGGGAAAGACUGUUUCUGUCUUUCUCUUAUUUAUUGAUGUCUUUGCAGAUGUUCUCGUCUGCGUCUGUGACUCUUUGAGGUGGAUUAAAUGUUUACCGAGAGAGAUCACUUCUUUGCAACAUUCACGUCAUCGCCGGGCACUCUCUCUAACAAGAAUGUUCUUUUAGGCACGGUACUGUCUGCUCCUCCAAAUGACUUUUAUUCAGAUACCGUCUCCUGCAGGGGCAUUUGUAAUGGCUUUUCUUUUAAACUUCUUGAAGCCAAACUAGGUAUAAAAAUUUUAGCAACAUUUUGUUCAUAGGGUUUCACUACCAUAGCAUUUGUUAAUGGCAACACUUCAAAAUACUGUAAAAGUAACUUGUAAUAUGGUUGGUGGUGUGUUAAACAUGAGCUUGUCCUGUGUGACAAUAUAUAAUAUAAUAUAUAAUAUAGUGUAGCUUAUAAGUAUUUGAAUGGCCUAAGGCUGCUGAAUGAAAGAAACCCAUCUUUUCUAAAUGAGCUGCUUUUUAUAACCUUUCAGCAAUAGCAAGGACAGAAUGUCUUUUUAAAAUUUCAAGAUCAGGAGUGCUUUACAAUAAUGUUGCACCAGGUUUCCUGUGAAUCAAUGUCAUACGUGCAUCACCACUCAGAGGGACUCACUGAAGUGGAGGACUCUUUUAUUUCCCUGUUUAGAAAGGAUUGAGUCAUUUUGGUUCAGUUUUGUGUUCGUGUGGUGUCUCCCAAAGAGGACUGUGUUCAUCUGGUAUCUAAAGGAGGAGGGAACAAGUGCCACAGUUACUGGAAAUCCCCGUUAAACCUGAAUAGCUUCAUGACAGAUAAGAUACUGUGCUGUCUGCACCGGACGGGUAAAACCAGUCUUAACACAGCUGUUUGUUUCAGAGAAGAAGAGAAUGAGAGAGCUGUACCAGAGUAGUUUUUGGUUGUUGUUUAUUUUGGUCUUUUGAUAUUUCUAGGUGAAUUGCAAUACUUGUGUUUAUAGUUUCUGAGGUGUCAGGGGUGUUCAGUUUGCAAUAAAUGGUAUACUCUGCUGUGUACAGUUACUUUUUUUAUUACAAAAAUUGUACUUGUUUCUAUUUUUUGUGUGAUGGUUUCAAAAAGAACAAAAUUAUUUUAAAGUGUAAAGGAAAUCUUAGUAUUUUUUUAGUUGUCUUAAAAUAUUGAUGCAGGAUUUAUUCUUUAAAUAAAUAAAUUCAUCUGUGUUA